UGUCUUUGAUAAUUAAUUUCACGUCUUUGAACGCCAGCUGUUAAGUUCCUUCCUUGCGGGGAGCUAGAGUUGCAAAUUUGCGGCCUUUGCACUCCCCCCAGCCUAAACCCAAAUCCAAGUCUCCGGCGACCAAUCGCCGUCAUUUGGAAACUGACUCAGAUAUAUAGUUCUACUUCGGUAGUCUUAAUGGCACUAUCACGGAAUGCUAUUGUUGCUACUGGCCUGGUAGUUUUCGCAUCUGCGGGGUUGGCAUUUCCCUUUUACAUGGCGUCAUCAAAAACGCCUGUUAUCGAUCCAACAAAGCCACUGUCACCUCAGGCAACUUUUCGAGGGCCUUACAUAAACACUGGUUCGCGUGACGUUGGACCUGAUCAUCAGACCUACCCAAAGAAGUGAUCUAUCUGGUAUGAUAUCUGCUCUUGUGAGUCAGUAAACAUUAACCCUGCAUUUUGCCCGAGUUGUAUCUGGCUCGAAUUUUCUCCUCCAGAUGAAUGGACAUGCCUGCAUUAAGCACUGUUUUGUUCUAGCACAUCACUAGAUGUUCGUGGUUUGAAAUUCUUCUCAUGUUAUAUAGAAUGUGUAAAAUUAACUGGUAGUGAGAUUUCAUUCUGAGACUUGGGUAUGUAAAGAAUAAAGAUAUAGGUAUAAAAUCCAGACCAUGGAUAUUUAUAGUUUUGACUUGUCUCAAACUAGUGUAUUAUUUUUCUUUUUGUGAACACAAGGUUGAUAAUCUACUUCCUUAGCUGGAUGUAAAAUCCUAUUCCGGCAUUUGUUACAA